AUGGAGAACGAACGCGGUGACCUCGUCGACCUCUACGUCCCCCGCAAGUGCAGCGCAACCAACCGCAUCAUCACAGCCAAGGACCACGCGGCGGUACAAAUCAGCGUCGGCAGAGUCGAUGAGAACGGCCGCUACACGGGCGAGAACCAGGUGUACGCCCUGAGCGGGUUCGUGCGGGCGAUGGGGGAGAGCGACGACUGCGUGAACCGAUUGGCGCAGAAGGACGGGUUCUUGAAGGGCGUGUGGAGCGCGAGCAGAUAA